AAGGCCUCGUGUACGACUCCCUGAUGCAGAAGCAUCAGUGCAUGUGCGGCAACACCAACAGCCACCCGGAGCACGCGGGACGCAUUCAGAGCAUCUGGUCCCGACUGCAAGAGACUGGACUCAGAGCUCAGUGUGAGUGCAUCCGUGGGAGGAAGGCCACUCUGGAAGAGCUGCAGACAGUUCACUCUGAAGCCCACGUCCUGCUGUAUGGAACCAACCCACUCCGACAGAAACUUGAUUGUUCAAUCACUCCUAUGUUUGUUCGGCUCCCGUGUGGAGGGGUGGGGGUGGACAGCGACACCAUUUGGAACGAGGUCCACUCGUCCAGCGCGGCUCGCCUCGCUGUCGGCUCAGUGGUAGAGCUUGUUUUUAAAGUCGCUACUGGAGAGCUAAAG